AUGGAAUCCUCACAAAUCAACGCAGAGAUCAAGCCCGAGAAGAGUGGCCAUGACUGUGCCUCCAGCCUCAAGGUGGGAGAGAGCAACAACAACUCGGCAGAGUACAACAGAUUCCUGGAGCUGAGCCAUGAGUUCACGGGAGGAAAGCUCAAGAAGCUGAUUCGCAAGUGCGAUUUCCGCGUGCUUCCGCAAUUAAUUAUCAUCUAUCUCAUGUCAUAUAUUGAUCGAACCAACGUCAGUAAUGCGAAACUGUUCGGUGUGAUGGAGGAUCUUGGUCUGAGCGGGCAGCAAUGGAAUACAUGUCUUUCCAUCUUCUUUAUAACGUAUGCGUUCGGCGGCGUGCCCUCCAACAUUGCCUUGAAGCGCUUUGGCCCCAAGAUCUGGCUCCCUGUACUCCUGACAUCAGUUUCGCUCAUCUUGAUCUUCACGUCACUUCAGCGGAAUUACGCUGGCUGGGCGUCUUUCCGAGUUCUUCUGGGUCUCUUCGAAGCUGGCGUGUUUCCUGGGUGCUCCUUUGUUCUCACCCAGUGGUAUUCGCCCGAGGAAAUUAGUGCCAGAAUGGGCUUCUUCUACUCGGGUGCCUCCGCUGCGGGUGCAUUCUCUGGACUGCUAGCGUAUGGUAUUGGUCAACUCGACUAUACAUGGGGAUAUCGCGGGUGGAGGUUCAUCUACUGCAUUGAGGGCUUAUUCAGUCUCUGUCUCGCCAUCGCCGGCUUCUGGAUUGUAUACGACACCCCCAGCAGCGUGAGCUGGCUCUCUCCCGAGGAGAAGGAGUUCCUUACUCUACGCCACAAGUUCUCUGCUGGCGGCGAAACGGGCAUCGGGGAAACGGAAAGCUUUUCCUGGAAGCACGCCCGAGCAGCCUUCCGGUCGCCACACAUUUAUGCCGUCGCCGCCACCGAGUUUACUCUCUGCGUUGCCGUCUACGGGUACAACUUCGUGCUGCCGACCAUUAUUCGCGAUCUCGGCUACUCGGCGGUCAACGCUCAAGCCAUGACAGUGCCGCCGUAUGCAUUUGCGUGUGCCAUUACUGCACUCUCGGGUUACAUGGCAGACCGAUGGCAGAAGAGGAUGCUGCCCCUCUUUCUAGCAAACCUCAUGGCACUUGCAGGCUUCAUCGUAAUGGUGGUCAGUGUGCGAUACUCUUCCAUUCCCGGAGUGACCUUAUUUGGUGUAUUUCUGGCCACAGGCGGCCUGUAUCCGGUGUCUCCGCUGGCAACGGCAUGGAUUUCGAUGAACACUGCAGGGACAAUGAAGCGAGCCGUCGGUAUUGGCGCCAUGAUCAGUUUUUCCCAACUCGGAGGAAUUGUCGGGUCCAACGUCUACAUUGCGAGUACUGCUCCAAAAUAUCCAGUUGGGUUCGGUAUCAGCAUCGGUAUGAUUGGUGCGUUUGGAUGCAUCUGGCCACCUCUGUACGCUCUCAUCCUUAAGCGUAUCAACGCGAAGCGAGCGUUGAUGAGCGAGGAGGAGAUUAGAGUAAAGUAUACGGAUGACGAACUCGCAGAGAUGGGAGACGAGAGCCCAUUGUUCCGAUAUUCAUUCUAG